AUGCGGAGAUAUCCGAUGCACCACAAGAAACGAUGGACAUCUGUUUUCAACAAAGCCGCUUAUGCACCCUUACGGAAAGAUUUUGAGCAUCAUAUAACGUCUGUGGUGGAGGCUAUGACACUUGCCCAAAACUUUAUUGCACAAUCGCAGCCCCAGUGUUGGGCGAAUUCUUUAUUCCAAGGGACUCGUUGGGGGAUAAUAAAUAACAAUAUAGCUGAGUCAUGGAAUAGUUGGGUGCGUUCAGCAAGGUCAUUGCCUUUUGUUGGGAUGCUUGAUUCCAUCCGACAACAGGUAAUGUCUAUGAUGAAUGAGCGUCGGGAGAAAUCCGAGAAGAUAGGAAGUAAGUUAUGCCCGAAACAGGAAAAUAAAUUGGCGUUGUCGUACAUGGCCUCAAGGAGGCUACAGUGUAACCAAUCAUCAGUAUCGAUGUUUGAGGUGCUUGAUCGUAAUGAUAGCGUUGAACGCUACAAGAAAACUUAUGAAGAACCCAUUAACCCGGUGCCGACUCAUGAUAUGAAUGUGGUGCAGAAUAACCCGCAGACAGAGAUAAUUCCUCCGACAACAUCGGUCCAACCAGGCCGGCCAAAGAAAAGACGGUUUGAAUCACAACAGGUGAAACAAUCUAAAAAAUGUGGUCGUUGCGGUCACCUAGGACAUAAUCGACGAAGUUGCAAGGAGGCUUUACCUUAG